UUGUUGUAAGUGACGGUGAUUAUGCAGUGAUAGUGCGUUAGGACGGCAAGUCCAGUUGUGUUUUUCACUGGACACUUGUUGCACAUAUGAAUGAACACGUCCCAAGUAUGCCGGUAUGCAAUCGCGAACGGACAGAUUGGUUCUAUACUGCUAAUUCGUGCACUUUAUGUAUUUUUGGUUGAGCUGACCGGCGCGGUAUCAGCCGUAUACGAAUGGGGCCCUUGGAUCAGGGACGGAAAGCGGGAUGCGGAUUCCGUUUUUGGAAGUCGGCGGACAGACCGACAGAAAAAACCAAUAUGGCGAGUCCAACGCCAGGAACAAGCUGGGGCGAACGGAUGGCUGGCACAAAACGAGGAUGAGUAUGGAUGGAGGUGCGUCAUCGGGGGGCGUCGGGGAUAA